AUGACCUUAAAGCUGUAUUGUACAGUUUUUGUUUCUAUUUUCUUAUUUCAGUUUAAAGAAGCAAUAUUUACUGAUUACAAAAGCUCUCUUGAUGUUUCUGACGGAAUUUUAGACUUCGCUAAUCUUUUCUCGUUUCCUAAUUAUCUACUGAACGCUACACCAUUUGUAUCUCUCUUCGUUUAUGGGGAACAAGACUGCCUUCAAGCUUGUACAGAGAACCCUCGAUGUCGAUCGUUGAACUUCAAAGAAGGUUCUCAAUUACAUGGAAAGUUGCUCUGUGAACUCUUGGACACUGACAAAUUUAAGUCGUUGAAGCUAUUUGUUCCAAGUUUGGAUUUUCAUCACUUCGGUGCGACAGUGAGUAUUUUGAUAAAAAAAAGUUAUUUUAUAAAUAUUUUUGUGCGUGUAUGUGCGUUGUGCUAUCUAUAAAGACAGCAGCUAGUUUUGUCAGAAAGGAUCUCAAAUUUUGGAAAAAUUCUUUAAUUCAUCUCCUACAAUUUAGUUAUUUUCAGUUUUUCUUCAAACUCGAAUAAAUCUACUUUUUAAAAUGAAGAGCGCCCUGAAUUAAAAUUGAGGAAAAUUUGCGUAAUUUACCUAUAUGCACUGAAGUUGUCUUUAUAAACCAGCCCAGUUCGCACAAGUUUGCGCAAGACAUCGAUAAUAAACUUCGACUUAAUAUAUUUAUGGGUGUGACAUUUUUCAAUUAAGUUUUUCUGACAAUAUCACAACAUAUGACAAUAUCUUUUUACCAAAGCCUUACAUAUAAUACUUUUAAUUAAUUUUUUAUGUUAUUUUGAGAAAGCUGCCUUUCUUCUAUUUGACAUUAUGACAAAACGUGAACAAAUCGAGGAAUGCUGAGUGCAAAUCUAAAUACAUCGAAAUAAAUAGAAAUUUUUGAUGGUGAAAAAGGGAAAAUUUGGCCUUCUCCUUUCUUGCAAUUAUUUGUCAAAAAAAUACAGGUGUAUUCAGAAAAGCAAGUCACUGCUCUAUACUAGUUGCAAAGAAUCGAUAUCUCGACGGUAAAUCGAUCUGUCGUCGAACAGGAUAAUCGACCUUAGUGACUUCCAUCGGCUAUGAGAAAUCAUAACAAUGUUACGACAUUUCAGAGUUGAUAUGUCCUUCCCGAACUCGUUUCGCCUUCAUCUUGCCUAGCUUUGUGAGGAUACCCUUACUAAGUCAGAUUGUUGGUUCUUACCAGGCCCCUUGCGAGCUCGAUCCGUGCGAGAACGGAGGAACCUGUCACCCAGUCGAGAUGGCGUACGACUUCAAAUGCGCCUGCCCUCCAGGUCUCUUUGGGAAGCAAUGUGAGAACUGUAAGUAUGCUUGCAUUUUUCAGAUAAAGCAAAUGUUGCUGAGAAGAUGGCUCGAGGAAAGUGGAAUAAAACUAAGAUAUUUACUCCUUCCUUACAUAGCUGCUUGUUAGUUGCUGGUGACCAUUUAUACUCUCAGAUGGAGCGGGGCACCGCUGGAAUAAAGCGCCAUAUCUGUUACCACAUAGGUUCGAAUCCAGAUCUUAAGAUCAGGAGUCCUGUUAAAAAUAAGCUACAAAUUUAUUCGUUCUCUAACGGGACGAAAGAGAAUGAUAAAAAAGAGACAUUAUUAAUUCACAGGUAUUAAACGAAACCCCGUCCCCAGACUCCCUCGGGGGUCCCUUAAGGGCAUGUAUAUCAGUAAACUUCUUUCUCGUCAACUUUUUAUUUUAGUGACCAAGAGCUGCGCUGAGCUGCUGGACGCUGGAAUCACAAACAAUGGUGUCUACAAAAUUCUUUUUAACAAUUCCCAAGUGUUCGACGUGUACUGCGAUCAGUCCAGCCGGGGAGGAGGUAAUAUUAAAAAAAACUUUACCUUAUUAUGCACGAAAUUCCUUAGAAAAACUGCUUUGAAGACCUAUGCGCUUAAAGAAGAGAAGUGUUCUUUCCCAUCGGCAUCUUUUGGCGCAAUUUUCAGUGGAGCGUCGAAAGUCAUCGUAGAUAUCUUUUAUUUUGCUUUACUUUGCUGCGUGAUUGGUCCUUAAAGCUUGCGCCACUUUGUCAACCAAUCAAAUUUUAAAUUUAAACCAAUCACGCUUUGAUCACUUCUGUUCUCCUACGCCCUAGAUGUUUUGCUUGUUUUGACUUAGAGUUCUCAUCCAAGACACGAAAAACUUCCCUUUCCUGGUUUCACGCAUGCUCGCAUAGCUUAUAGCCUCAUAUUUUCCCGCGGGCGCAGUAACAGUCGUGCGCUUAGCGCUGAUAAUGUUGGCCUGCUUGCACGCUUUCCAGGUGGUGCAUAUGAGACUCAAGCGCCGGGCGCAUGGCGGAAAAAAGCUUGGGUGUACUAAGCUCUAGUUUUCGCGGAAAACAAUCUAUUUUGUAUACAGGUUGGACAAUGGUUUUCAAGGUUGUAUCUGGCGUCUCGGUUAACGGUAGUAGCAUCUCACAACUGUGGUUUUCAUCGGAGACGAUCAAUGAAAAUAGAUCAGAGGCACUGAACAUCGAUUCUUCAUUCAAAGAACAUUACAAGAACCGCUUUGUGCCAAAUUGGCACCUUGCAAAACCCAAAGAGGUAAGUCUGUCUUAUUUGCCCAUGACAAGUUCUCAUUGUCAUAUAUAGUUGAUUUAUGAGUAACUCAGACAUAACUUCUCCUUCAAAUAUGGAUACAAUACCAAGCACCCAAGUGAUGAGAAAAUAAAAAAAGUAUCAGUUAACAGCCGGAAUUAUUAGUCGAUCCAACACCAAAUUCUCCAAACUCACACCAUAGGAAAUGUAUGGCAGACAGUAAGGAGAAUUACUAAUGAGAUCUCGGUAGUGAAAAGGUUAUUUGAGACUUCUUAUGACACGUAUUCAGAAUUCAUUUAAUGCGUACUAAAGCAAUGGUCCAUGUCGAAAACUGUCUGGGACUGAUAAACCUUACCUCAUUUAUAUUCCAUUUUCUGAUUGGUUUAAAAAGAUCGCAUAAUCUAUGUCGCCAAUCAUAUUUAAAACUGAAACCAUUUUAGAUAUCUGGGCCAGCCCCCUUUUCUGUUUGCAUGCUCAUUUUUUCCACCGCCAUUAUUGACCGAGAACCUCUCAGAGGGUCCUCUCAGGGACGCCCAUUAUGUACUGUAUGGGGGGGAAAAGGGGAAGGGGAAGGGAGAGAGAGGAAGAGGGAGGGGAGAGGGAAAGAGAGAGAGAGAGAGAGAGAGAGAGAGAGAGAGCAAUUUAAUUGUCACGAUAAAAUCAACGUAAUUCCCCGUAAGGCUCUGUAGUAUUUUGUUGAUUCCCCUGUCUAAUGUCUCCCCAUUGGCGACGACUGACUCAGUUUCCCCCCCUCCCUAAUAAAAAAUGACUAGUCCUUUACGGAUGUAAUUUGUUUUUUGUAGGUGCAGAUAGCUUUGUACAAACGGAAUGGCUCAGAUCCCGAGACCCUUUCUAUCGUAUUCAACUCUACUAAUUCUGACGACAAAAACUGGUUUUCUAAAAGUCGGAUCGUUCACUCCCCCUGGACAGAUUUGGAAAGCGAGCACCAAAACUACUUCUCGAUCAAGGGCUGUUGCAAUGAAAGGAAUUUCUACAUUUCCAAAAUUCACAACAAUUGCCCGAAUGACGAAGGAUGGCUGGCCUUUAUCUCUAGUGUGUGUCCAUGGGAAAGACGUUUUCCUCCCUCCACUGUUUUGUACAGUAACAGGACGACUUACACAAAUUGGAAUCAUUACGGUAAGAUU